AUGCAUACUAGUCCUUCAUCUCUCAUUUUAAACAAUAACUCUCAUAAGCGAGAGAAGCCUUCUGAAUGUAAGAAAGCAAUUCCCGAGGCUUCCUCCCUCACUCUACAUGUAAGUAGUCACAGUGGAAAGAUGCCUUAUGAAUGUAACGAGUGUGGGGAAACUUUUAGAGAUUCCUCAGUCCUGACUGCACAUAGAAGAAUCCACAGUGGAGAGAGGCCCUAUGAAUGUAAGGAGUGUGGGAAAGCCUUUCUCCGAGCGAGAAACCUCAGAACACAUAGACGAAUCCACAGAGGAAAGAAGCCCUAUGAAUGUAAGGAAUGUGGGAAAUCCUUUACUCAGCGAUCAAACCUCACAACACAUAGAAGAAUCCACAGUGGAGAGAGGCCCUAUGAAUGUAAAGAGUGUGCGAAAUCCUUUACUCGGCGGUCAGGCCUCAGAACACAUAGAAGAAUCCACAGUGGAGAGCGGCCCUAUGAAUGUAAGGAGUGUGGGAAAUCCUUUACUCAGAGGUCAAACCUCACAACACAUAGAAGAAUCCACAGUGGAGAGAGGCCCUAUGAAUGUAAGGACUGUGGGAAAUCCUUUGCUCAGUGGUCAAACUUCACAACACAUAGAAGAAUCCACAGUGGAGAGAGGCCCUAUGAAUGUAAAGAGUGUGCGAAAUCUUUUACUCUAUGGUCAGACCUCACAAGACAUAGAAGAAUACACAGUGGAGAGAGGCCCUAUGAAUGUAAGGAGUGUGCGAAAUCCUUUACUCGGCAGUCAGGCCUCAGAGCACAUAGAAGAAUCCACAGUGGAGAGCGGCCCUAUGAAUGUAAGGAGUGUGCGAAAUCCUUUACUCAGAGGUCAAACCUCACAACACAUAGAAGAAUCCAUAGUGGAGAGAGGCCCUAUGAAUGUAAGGACUGUGGGAAAUCCUUUGCUCAGUGGUCAAACUUCACAACACAUAGAAGAAUCCACAGUGGAGAGAGGCCCUAUGAAUGUAAGGAGUGUGGGAAAUCCUUUAUUGUAUGGUCAGCCCUCACAAGACAUAGAAGAAUCCACAGUGGAGAGAGGCCCUAUGCAUGUAAGGAAUGUGGGAAAUCCUUUACACAGAGGUCAACCCUCAAAAAACAUAGAAGAAUUCAUAGUGGAGAGAGGCCAUAUGAAUGUAAGGAGUGUGGAAAAUCCUUUACUCAAAAGUCAAGCCUCACAGUACAUAGAAGAAUCCACAUUUCCAGCGGGCGCAGCGCCCACUAUUUUGCGCAUGCUCAAAUGGGAAUGGGCGCUUCGCUCAAAACUCGCGAGAUUUCUCGCCGGAAGGAGUAA